AUGUUUAAUGCAAUAGAAGACUUUUUAUACAGUCAGAAUAACCUGAUGCCCAUUAGCUACUUCUACUCAGACAUAAAAAUGACCCAAAGUUUUCAGAAAAAAUUGGGUGAAGAAGAUUAUGGUUCAAUUUACAAAAGAAAGCUACAAAGUGGAAGGGAUGUAGUAAUGAAAAUACUAAGCAAGUCUAAAUCAAAUGGACAAGAUUUCAUCAAUGAGGUUAUCAUUACUGGAAGAAUUCAUCAUGUCAAUAUAGUUCGACUUGUUGAUUACUAUGUUUAUAUGUUCAAAUGUGCUAUUAAAAAGCCUAUGAUUACACUUGGAGUUGCUCAAGGGAUUGAGUACUUGCAUCGAGAAUGUGACAUGCGAAUUCUGCAUUUUGAUAUCAAGCCACACAACAUACUUCUUGAUGAUAACUUAACUCUUAAAAUUUCUGAUUUCAGGCUAGCCAAAUCUUACUUGACUGGAAAUAGUGUUGUGAUUAUACAUGCAAUAAAAAUGUUAGCAUUUAUC